CCGGAUCGGGAGAAUCUGGCUUCGGCCAGGACAAAUUGCAAAAUGUUGGCCGAAAUGGUUCGAUUAUCUUACCAGCAUCGAGCCUUUUACUGCUACGUGAUCCUCAGUGUUUGGAUCUUCCUUCUCGUUGCUGGUAUGUACAAAUAUAUUGGUAUAGAUGAGAGGAGUUCUGUACAAACAAGAGUCCUAAGUAAUGAUGUUUCUAUAAGGGAAUUUCCGAGAAAUUUGAGAGCUGACAUGAAAACAAAAAAAAUAUUUCGUUUUUGUAAUUCACCCAAUGAAAUUAUUGCAGAAACCGAAGGAAAGUUGGAUGGGAACUUAACAUUGAGUGGUAUUUUGGUAUUUAUACGGCAUGGAGACAGAGGGCCAUUAGCUCACAUUCGAAACAUAAGCAUAGUAAAUUGUGGUGGAGAGUUUGGUUCAACACCCGAAUUAGAAAACCUAUACCAGAAUUAUGUAAACUUCCUGCAAAAUGUCUCCAGUUAUUCCAGAACAUCAUGGGCACAAUUCUUGGGGCCGUUUCAUGGUUUUCCUAUGCUACCUGCCAACUCCAAAGACUGCAGAAUUGGCCAGUUGACGACGCUUGGCAUUGGACAACUUUUAAAAACUGGAAUCAUACUUAGAAACGCUUAUUACCAUAAACUCAAUCUGGGCAAUGGCACAAUAUCCAACAAAGAUAUUAUCGUCUGGAGCACUAGGUAUCGAAGAACAGUCCAAAGUGCGGUUGCCCUAUUGUAUGCUCUCUUGGAAACUGAUGGUUUUCAAAAUCUAGCUAAAGUUACUAUGCAAGAAAGUCAAAGCUACGCAUUUUGUAGUACAGACUGUGCGUGUCCAGCUGCUGAAAAAUUCUUUAAACAACAUGUAAAAGAAAUGUCCGAUCAUCUCAAAUCUCAUCCAGCAGUGGCAGAGCUUAUAAAACAGGCUUCCAACGCAGUGUUUGAAAUUCCUGAUCAAGCCCAAACAAUGGAUCCCAAUACCUUAAAAGAUGCAUUACUGACAUACAUCUGCCAUGGUGCUUCCCUGCCUUGUAUAGACUUUGACAAUCAACGAGUAUGCGUGAAAACGGAACAUGUGACAGGCUUGUUCGCCUACACUGAAUGGGAGUCUAGGCAAGUGGCAAAAAGCAACAGCCGUCGAAAGUACGGAUUGCUAAGAGCUUAUGGGCUUCUUCGAAGCAUAGUUUCUUACAUGUUACGCAUAAUAUCCGAAGCCAAACCGAAGAUAGUUCUUUAUUCUGGACACGACAAGACUUUGGAAUACCUGGCGACAGCUCUGGGCAUCUUUUCCGACAAAUUGACUAUGCCUCAUUAUGCUUCCCGUUUCGUAAUCGAAGUUUAUCGCAUAAAUCCGAGGAACGAGAAUCACGUGGCCAGUGACUUUUACUUCCGUGUUGUGGUAAAUGGAAAAGAUUUCACACAGAAAAUACCUUUCUGCAAGAAUGCAAAUUUCUAUAGUGUCAAUUACAUUGAACGCGCGGACGUCGAAAGAACGCGAAAAGAUUCAAAAUUAUGCCCAAUAGAGACGAUUAUCCGACAACUUCACGACGAUUACUUUGGACCGUUUAAUGCCACAAACUUCAAAGAUGCAUGCACCAAUCACAAACACGGAUGAUUUGAGCGGGAAAAAUAUGAACCUAAUUCCCUUCCUAUACGGUAGAUAUUGUUCCAAAAACACCGUGUAAAAAAAAUAGAUAAGCAAAAGGGCCGAAUUAAGGGUUUUUAACGCGCAAAGCUAGCAAAUAAUUAGACGGUUCUUUUAAUUUUAAGAGUGAAGGGGAAGGAGGAGCGAUUAAUUGAUAAUAUAGAAUAUUCCCUACUUCUUUGAAGAAUUUUGUACAGAAUUAUUUAAUUUAUUAGAAAAAUAUCAACAAAUCGAAGAUAAUUUUUUGUUGAAUAUUUAUCAAAAUUUAUUGUAAAUUUUAAAAAUAUACCUUGCGCUAAACUCCUCCUUCCACCCUAUACUUGAAAAAGACAUACUGCUUAUAACAAAAUAGAGAAUUCAUUCCACAACUUUCAAGACUCGUGUAAAAAGUAAAAAGGAACUAUUUAAAAAGUUUGUAUGAAAAGCCAAAUGUAUAAGUUUUUAACAAAUGUAUGUAUUUAACUGUACAAGAUGAAAUUCAUAUUUCAAAGCAUUCAUGAACUGAACCGCAUAAGCCCAGUGGUGCACAACGUUUUUCAUUACUGGACCAAAUAAUGUGAGAUAAUAAUUUCUGUGGCCCAAAUUUCGGAUUACGAAAAAACAUAUUUCUAUUUAACAUAAUGUUAAAUUAAUUAAAAGUCAACAAGUUUCUGCAAAAGCAGAAGCACUAUUCGUUUUGUGCUACUUAUACUUUUAUUCCUUAUUUAUGCAAGCUUCUGUGCUGAAUAUAAAUAUUGCUUGCAAGAUUGAUACUCUUUGUUGUCUAUUUUAAUUUUGAAAAGUGAAAAUACCAUUACUUUAAUUUAUUUUAAAAAUUAUUUAUUUCAAGAUUUAUUUAGUACUCUGGCUUCCACUUUGUGCAGUUGAAGAAUCAUGCAAAGACUGACAUUGUACUUUACUGGGAAGAAUUGCACAUAUUUUUUAUAUGAAGCAGGAGAAUCAACUAUAAGGUUUACAAAAAUAUAAUUCAAAUAUGCUGUUGAAAACUAGUUUGUUUUAAAAAGUUCAGACAAGAGUCGGCGAAAACUUGAAAAAUUUGAAUUCUUGUGAACACUUAAAAUUAAAGUUGCAAAUAUUCACAUCUUGCUAUUUUUCACAGAAAUAAAACUAGUUCGUAAAAUAAAUGAUGUGUAUACAAAAAUUUGUGUGAUUCUAUUGCCAAUAAUAGUAGUCUUUCUAGCUAGAUACAAGCUUUUUAACAGUUGGCUUCUAUGAAGUUAUAGCAAAUUAUAUUAUUUAUUCACAGUUUCAUCUACUUUAGUUUUAUAAUUAAAAGUACUUGAUUAUAUAUUUAAAUGCUACCAAAUAUAUGUGUGAAUAGAAAUGUAAUAUCUAAAAUAUUUGGAUAAUUGUUAGAAGUCAUAUUUUUGUAAAAUGUUAUGAUAUUCUCUGAUUUAAAUUGCGAGCAAGGUAAGUCAGAGUAUUAGGCAUCAACGAUUUCUAGUUACAUUUUUUAAUCAAUUAAUUAACUAAUAUAAAAAAAAAAUAUUAAACAAUAUAGCUAUAUGUUGUCUCUUUAAGUUCGUCAUAUUUAAAACUCUGGAUGUAAAUGUCCUGAGAAGUCAAUUUAUUGUCUUUUUAUAUUUUGUCAUUGAAACUUGUUUGCUUCAACGUUAUACCCUGAAAAUUUGGGAAAUGUACAAAUUCGUCUAAUGUGUCUGUAAAGAUAAGUUAACACGUUACAGAUCAUGUAAAUCAGAUUUGUAAUACCUAUUGGCCCUUGCUUUUUCAAUGCAUAUAAAUAGUAAUAUAAAAAAAAAAGUAAAUAGUGGUAAAGUUAAAAUAUUUGAAUUCACUUUUUCAAAAACUUCCUACUUUUUUUUAUUAACAAGUGACAUAAGCUUUAAGUUGAGGAUAUAUUCUUUACUUUUUCACAGAAUCAGUGAUAAAAACAAGAUGUAUGAUGCUUAACAUACGAAUAUAUGUUACAAAUUAUUUUGAAGUUUGAUUUUAUCUUUAUUUUACGGGCUGCAGAUGAACUUGAUAAAAGUACCAAAUUUUGUGCACUACUGGUAUAGUUGAUUUAUCACAUACAGUUUACCAAAGAAAACAUGACUCUUGAUACGAUAUCAAGAGUGGUUGAAAGGCCAGAACAUAUAAAUCAGGAUGGACAAAAUUCUUAUUUCGAUAAACAUUUCAAAUAAACGAAUGAAAAAGAUCAUCUAUUAUUCAAAUAAAGUUUUGUCCAUCUCUGGUACAAAGUAUCGGUAGAAAAGAUUUUAGUAUUCGUUGACCUACAACUUCAAGAUUUAAUUAUCGGCGUCACCAAUUUUCUAUGUAGAAAUAUUAAAUAUGUACAUAAGUAUGUAUAAUAGACAUUCCCAAAACAAUUGACUUUUAAAAUUAUGUUAAAGUAAACAGUCCAUGAAAGAAAAUAGAUUCAAUCGAUUCAUUUUUCUGAACCGUGCGUAAAAAUAUUCUGACAAGUAUCAAACACAACAACAAACCAGAGAUGGACAGAAUUUUAUUCAAAUAAUAGAUGGCGAAUAAAAACUCCGUACAGAACAUUUGAGGAUUUUAAAAAUUGUAACAGUUAAUACUUAUCGAGACUUUCGGUUGCAAGACAUGUCAUUUGGGAAAAAUGUUCUAACGUUUCGCAGUUAGCUUCUUCAGGGGUGAAUUAACACUUAUGUCAUAGAUCAUUGGUCAUCGAUCAUCGAGCUCAUGUCAUGAAUGAGUGGUCACCAACGGUGUCUUACCUGUUGAACUGAACAAACGACGGAUGAAACGUUGUUUUAUUUCAUUUAUUCCGUAAAUAACUAAAUAUUUUUAUAAUUAUAAAUGCGCAUUAUAAAUAUUUUAUAAUUAUAAAAAUAUUUUAAUUGUAAUUCCGUAAAUAUUUUAGAUCUUUUAUUCGUUCAUACAUUUCCUUACCUAAAUGUGAAUCUUGCUCAUCUCUGCUGUGAACGGUUACGUUUGAAUUUUCGAGAAUGCACAAGUAACUAAUUAAAAUUACUGAAAGUAACACGUAUGAUUUAGCUUUUCUUCAUUCAAUUAAUUUGAAAUAUGCACUAAUCGCAAAAAAUAUGAUAUAUUUGACUUCCUUUUGCGUGCACCAAAUGCAAAGAAGAAAUGCUGUUAAUUUGAUUCCAAAGUAUAAUACAAUUAACCGUUUAUAAUUUUGUGUAACGUUUUGAUUUCGUCCACUAUCAAAUGAUGUACGUAAGAUUUCUUUUCUCGUGUAAAGCAAAAAAUUGGACAAAAGUUCUUUUUUAAACUCUUCCGGAUUUCAUCGUGAGAAUUCGUAUCACUUACUUUGAACGGAGUAAAUAGUAAGUCUUAACAAUAUACGAUAUUUUACAAAGAAAGUAUUACAAAUUUCUAUAAGAUUUAUUACGAUGAAAUAAGGAUUCGUAAGAUGUAGUUUCCAAUUAAUAUGAAAUCGGUAAUUUGCUAGUGAAACCUCGAAGUAUGAAAUAAAACAAAAAGAAAGAUAACAGAAUUAUACUUAAGCUACAUACAAUUUGCACUGUUUAAACUAUAACUGUAAACGGUUAACAAAAAGCCUUAAAUUCUUAGAUUACGUUUAACAAAAUCGGAAGUAACUUUAGAUAUAUCAAGAAUAUACAAGGUGCUUCAAAAAACGCGAUAUAAUCCGAAAGCAAACACCUUUUUUCGAAUUCUAUUGCAUAUUUUGAAGUAUCUUGUAUAAAGCUAGAUGAUCGCCAUAUAUUUUAUCACACAUCUUACUGUAAAUAUGUAAAUAACAUCUAACUUCUAUAAGCGACGAUUGCGUUCCGUCUUUUUAGGCAUUACUUGAUAACAGAAUUAGUUAUUGUUACAAAAAAAUGUACAAGAAACAGAACUCUGUAACUUCCUAUCACCGUAAUUGUUGAUUAGUAUUAUUUCCCAAUUAGUUUGCAUAAAGUGUUGCGAUUAAGAACUUCCUUUGCGAUGUAAAAUUAAUUCUCGUACAAUGGAUCAGAAUCCCUUUAACACGAUGAUCACCGAUUUAAGAUAGUAUUGCAACUGGUUCAACCUACGGUUAUAUUUACUGUGAAAUACACAAGGCAACGAGUGUUUAAUGUGUUAUUAAAUUGAAACGAUAGGUACCUUUUGUUAAAAUAUACAAAUAUACCAAUGAUAUAUCGAUA